AGAAAUAAAUUCCAUCCCCGACAUCCAAAAUGGGACUCGUGACAAAAUUCUUUUAUUGCAUCGAGCUUAAAUUUGCUGUAAUAAUAAUUGGAUUUGUGGAAAUUAUAUUAAGCGUUCUCUGCGGAUGCUAUUUGCCAUGGAUGAGGCGUGUUGUCGAAUCGGAUUAUGAAUACUGGACUGAGGCUACCGCCGGAUUCUUUAAGAAGUCCGUAGAAGACAUGUACGUGAAUAGGUUCGGCUAUACGAUGUAUAUCUUCCUGUUGGUGGUGCUUGUCCUUCAUGUGGGCGCUUGUAUCUUGCUAAUAGUUUCAGCCCAAUCCUCAGAAAAAUUAAUGAUAGCUCCCUAUAUUGCCACUGCUCUAAUGCGAUUCGUAUUAUUGUUGGUGAUUGUGGCUUGGAUUGCCACAAAAUCAUAUGAUUGUACCACAUCAUACUGGCUAAUCGGCCUAAGUCUAGCACCAGCAGCAUACUUUUGGCUGACUGUCGUUUCAUGGUAUAUGGCUAACGAUAUCUAGACAGCUAUCGUGUAUUUAUUUAAAGUAAAAA